GUAGCGGGUUUGUUGAUGUGUGUACUUAAGUUCUGAGCGCAUCAUCUUUUGUUUUGGUGUGGAUUAGUUCAUUUUGCCAGGUGUUGUUUUAUCUUAAUUACUGGAACCAGGGGUUUAAAUCAAAUGAACAUUUCUUGAUAUCGUCAAACCUGUUUACUGAAUAUAGAAAGACAAACAAAAACAUGGCUGUCCGUGAACUGCUGUCAGUGUUGUGUCUCCUGUCAGUCUGUGCUGUCUACUCUCUUGGACAGUCAACGGAUUACGAAUUAAUGAGAGCCUACGAUACAGCAUACAAAUGUUCGAAUGUGGAAAAUCUGACCGUGGUCUUCUUUUCUACAAACAAGAAAAAAGCUGAUUUCACGAAGUCCUAUACUAAGGACCAGGCAAAGAGUGAUGGCAAAGCCGCAUUUUGUAUUGGUGGGAUUACCCAGACAUUCACAGCCGUGCUACUGGCUAAACUACUUGACACGUAUAAAAAUGUCACGUGGGACACGCCCAUCAACGACUAUGUGCCAGACCGUUUCUGGUUGCCUGACCAGUACCGCACGUACCAGCUGACCCUGAAGGACAUACUGGCCAUGCGCUCAGGACUUGGAGAUGUGGAUAUGAUCUCCAGAUUCAAGGCCUACAAGUCGGCUUCAGAACUACAAAGUAAACUCCGCUAUCUGCCGUCUGUGGCUGCCUUCAGGGACAAGUACACGCCCAACCUGAUGCUUUUCACCGUCAUUGAACAAGUCGUUCAGGCUAUUGGAGGAGAUUCGUGGCAGAACCUAACCAAGUCCCUUCUCCUGCAGCCACUGGGCAUGUACGACACAGUGUUCCUGGACGAUGGAGCAGCCGUGAAAGGUUCAGUGGCCAACCCUAACGGAGGUUUUAGUGACAUAUCACGGUCAGCAUACAGCGGGUACGUUCUGACGGCCCCAGCUACCGGCAUCUGUACAACAACCGAGGACAUGAAGAAAUGGAUGAAGUUUUUGUUGGAUGACAGUCAGGUCUCCGUUCUGCCUAGAGAAGCUCUAAAGCGGACGUUUAGGACAAUUACGCCACUGGAAUAUGCAACCAAUCAAGCUGACGCCUAUGAUAGAUACGUAAGACAGUACCACGGGCUGGGAUGGGUCAUUGGAGAGUAUCGAGGCAUCACAACUGUUUCCCAAGAGGGGUCACUGCCCGGUCAACAGUCCAUGCUCACCCUGGUCCCGUCUCGCAAUCUGGCAGUUUACUCGUCCUUCACGGGCGACGAAAGUGCUAUGAGCUUAGCUUUAAAGGAACAGCUCAACUUCGCCGCCGUAAAGCGUGCUGUAACUAGUGAGAGUAUCGAGGACAUCUGUCAGCUGAUCAGCCAGACGACCAAGGCGUACGAGGAUUCCAAACUUAACAACCAGAGACCAUCUGCUCACCACAGAAAAACGAACCAAUACGAAGGUCGACCUCUGAGUGAGUUUGAAGGAUUGUAUAGGAACUAUCUGUUGGGCGACGUGGAGGUCAAGGUCGUAGUCGACAAAGAAACAAAUCUCACGCUUAAGUACGGAGCGGCGGAAUUUUUCAUGCUCUACACGGAAACCAACGACACAUUCCGACUGUAUGCUAAACAAACAUACUGGUACUUCACGAGUGCCAGACACUACAGCCCCCAUCUGUACGCUGUCUUUGAGGAGGAGGAGGACGAGAUCGAGUCUGUGAAACUCCUGGGCAUGAGUGAGGUGGAGGUUCCCGUCUUCAGCCGCCGCCCCAGGGCGCCCUACGUCGAGUACCCCUCCCAGCCUUGUUCCUCCGGUCAUCGACUAGUCUUUACAGUAUGGUCGGCUUUGGCAUCGGCCUUUCUUGUGCUUUAUCGGUAGACUAUGUAAACUUAAUUAAUCUGUGUAAGAAAUGCCUGUGUUUGGUGUAUACCAGCGUACCACAAUCAGAGUUUCUUCCAGGCAUCUCUUCGAAGAAAGUCUACGCCCCCC